GCGUAAUUGGCUGCGCAGUGGAGUUUCUGUUAAAUGCCUCUCCAGCUGAAGUGACUCCCCCCUUCAGCACUACUGAGCUCUCUCAUCCCAUAACACUGCAAGCAGAGAGCGCACUCCUUUAACUUUAUUUAACUUUUUUAAGCUCGUUUUUUUAAAAAGUUUGAAUCAUGUUUUGGUCACUGUCGUUGUGCGUAAUCGUAGCUUUUGCGUCCGUGCCGGCAGAUGCGCAAAUCUCCAGCCGGUAUGUUAUCGGAUGUCCUGCUCGGUGUGACAAGUCGAUGUGUCCACGGCUACCAACGGACUGCCAGGCGGGACAAACCCUCGACGCUUGCCACUGUUGCAUGGUGUGCGCGUCCGGCGAGGGUGAGACCUGCGGGGGCAGCGGGAAACUCGGAGAUCCGACGUGCGGAGAGGGGCUCGAGUGCUCGGUCCCUGGCGGGGUGGCGUAUACUAUAACGGUGAGGAGGAGAAGCAAGACUGGGACUUGCGUGUGCAAAGCCAGCGACCCAGUUUGUGGAAGCGAUGGGGUGUCCUACCGGAAUAUCUGCGAGCUGAAGAGGGUCAGCCGCCGGGCGCAGAAGCUGCAGCAGCCACCUGUUCUUUUCAUUCAGAGAGGAGCCUGUGGGAAAGUUCCAGCUCAGGACAACCCAGACAGCCCGAGACACAAAUACAACUUCAUCGCCGACGUGGUGGAGAGAAUUGCUCCGUCUGUGGUUCACAUUGAACUUUACCGCAAGAUGACCUAUUCCAAACGAGAGGUGGCGGUGGCCAGUGGUUCUGGUUUUGUUGUGUCAGAAGACGGCCAGAUUGUGACCAACGCCCACGUCGUGGCCAAUAAGCACCGCGUGAAAGUGGAGCUAAAGAGCGGCGGCACGUACGAUGCCAAAAUCAAAGACGUGGAUGAGAAAUCGGACAUCGCCCUCAUUAAAAUCGAUACACCGGCAAAGCUUCCUGUACUGUUGCUGGGCCAUUCAUCAGACCUGAGACCAGGGGAGUUUGUGGUCGCCAUCGGCAGCCCGUUUUCUCUCCAGAAUACAGUUACUACGGGAAUCGUCAGCACCACUCAGCGAGGGGGCAGAGAGCUGGGCCUUCGUAACUCGGACAUGGACUACAUUCAGACUGACGCCAUCAUCAAUUACGGCAACUCAGGAGGACCUCUGAUAAAUCUGGAUGGCGAGGUGAUUGGGAUCAACACAUUGAAAGUGACAGCUGGCAUCUCCUUUGCCAUACCCUCAGACAAAAUUCGCCAGUUCCUGGCAGAGUCCUACGACAGGCAGUCCAGAGGGAGAGGAGCUGCUAAGAAGAAGUACAUUGGUGUGAGGAUGAUGACUCUCACUCCAGCGCUGGCCAAAGAGCUGAAGACUAGACACCGUGACUUCCCUGACAUCACCUCUGGAGCUUACGUUAUGGAGGUCAUUGCAAAGACACCAGCUGCAGUUGCUGGACUCAAAGAGCACGACGUCAUCAUCUCAAUCAACGGCCAGAGGAUCUCAACCGCGAAUGAUGUCAGCGCCGCCAUCAAGAGGGACGGUAACUUGAGAGUAGUCGUGCGCCGUGGAAAUGAGGACGCUAUCCUUACAGUUGUUCCUGUGGAGAUCGACCCUUGACCGACGUCACAGGAGCUGGAGCUAUGUUUUACUUAUCACCAGUGGACCUUAUAUUAUAGGGGAGGUGGUCUUCUACUGACACACCCUCUCCCUGUGGCCAAAGGCCAGUGACGCCACACAUCCAGGAAAAUUCUGGCUUUGCCUUGAAAGGAAACGACCGUACAGGUGCUCUAAAAGCAGUACUGUACUUCCAUGUGUGUUUUCACUUUUAGUCUUUAAUGCUUUGAUCAGUGCUACUAGUGUUUGGUCACAAACAAAAGAAGAUGGUUAUUGGCAUAUUGUUGUAUUGCUUUCUCUUAUUUUGUGUCUUUUUUUUUUGUUUGUAAUAUGGACUUUUUGCUCAGUUAGGCCUUCCACUGCAAUUUUAAGCAAUUUCGAGACUCACUGAGCAAAUCUGAUUUGUAUAAUUGUUGUUUUCUAAACUCCCCCUUUUUUAAAAAGUACUGUAGAAUGUUUGUGUUGAAUAUGUGAUGUAUACUGAGAAGAAAAUAAAGGGUUGACCUUC